UGCAAUUGUUUUAUGUUUAGCCUCUCCGACUUGAUAUAAAGCGUAAGCUCACAGCUCGGUCUGACCGUGUGAAGAGUGUAGACUUGCAUCCUACAGAGCCAUGGAUGUUGGCUAGUCUUUACAACGGUAGUGUCUGUGUUUGGAAUCAUGAAACACAGACACUAGUCAAGACCUUUGAAGUAUGUGAUCUGCCAGUGAGAGCAGCUAAAUUUGUGGCAAGGAAGAACUGGGUUGUUACAGGAGCUGAUGAUAUGCAAAUUAGAGUUUUCAACUACAACACUUUGGAAAGAGUUCACAUGUUUGAAGCACACUCAGAUUAUAUCCGCUGCAUCGCUGUGCAUCCUACACAGCCUUUCAUUCUAACAAGCAGUGGCUGUUUUCUGAACAAAGAAAAUGUGACAUAA